GGGGCCCACGCUGCGUGGCACGCGCGCCGCUCCGUGCGGGGCCGCGGCCCUGCGUGUCGCCCACGCACACCCAGACACGAGCCCCGCUUCGACGGGCGUGUCAUGGCUUAAAAAUAGCCGCUCAUCUGGCUGCAGCAGCCCGGGCGGCGGCGGCGGCGCGGGAGACGGUCAUGGCCGGGGGGCUGCCUGCGCCUGCCACCUGCCUUCGGGACUGAGACCCCGCGCAGCGCCGCGAAGAGCCUCUUUCCCAUCAUCACGCAGCCACCCCUGCAGCUUCCGAGGUUCCUGCCUCCUGUAAGAUGUGCCCUGGUAACUGGCUCUGGGCAUCCAUGACUUUCAUGGCCCGCUUCUCCCGGAGCGGCUCAAGGACUCCUGUCCGCACCAGAGGGAGCCUGGAGGAGAUGCCAGCCGUUCAGCAUCCAUUCCUCAACGUAUUCGAGCUGGAGCGGCUCCUCUACACGGGCAAGACAGCCUGCAACCACGCCGAUGAGGUCUGGCCGGGCCUCUACCUCGGAGACCAGGACAUGGCUAACAACCGCCGGGAGCUUCGCCGCCUGGGCAUCACCCACGUCCUCAACGCCUCGCACAGCCGGUGGCGAGGCACACCGGAGGCCUACGAGGGGCUAGGCAUCCGCUACCUGGGUGUGGAGGCCCACGACUCGCCAGCCUUUGAUAUGAGUGUCCACUUCCAGACGGCCGCUGACUUCAUCCACCGGGCGCUGAGCCAGCCGGGAGGGAAGAUCCUGGUGCACUGCGCCGUGGGAGUGAGCAGAUCCGCCACGCUGGUGCUGGCCUACCUCAUGCUGUACCACCGACUCACCCUCGUGGAGGCCAUCAAGAAGGUCAAGGACCACAGAGGCAUCAUCCCCAACCGGGGCUUCCUGCGGCAGCUCCUGGCCCUGGACCGCAGGCUGCGGCAGGGUCUGGAGGCGUGAGGGGCGUGGAGGGGAGGUGGGGCCAGGCCCAUAGGUGGGUCCCUGGCUCCUAGGUGGAGAGACGAGGCCCAGAUGGCAGAUGGUGGGAGAGCCAGGUAACCCAAGAGCGUGAGAGGCCUAGACCACUGCUGCUUUUUGUGGGAGGGGAUGGGAGUCAGGCUGGGCAGUGUGGUGGGUGGGCACCCAGAAGGGGCUGAACCAGGAAAGGAGGCACCCAGGCUGUAGGUAGAAGAUGGCCCUGGGGUUCCAGCCAGGUUUCUCCCAGGGAUCCUUUCCCGUCUUGUGCCCUCUCUCUGACCAAAAGGCCAGGGGCCCCUCUGUCCUGUGCAGGCACACGGGGGUGUGAUGAGCAUGAAUGGGAUGGAGGAAAGGGGUGUGGAUACCAGAGCACAGAGACAGACGGGGAAGAGAUGGUGUGAGACGCUGAGAUCACAGAGGGAGACGCCCACAGACUUGUUGCUGCAAGCACAGGAAGAGGAGCCAUGUGAGGGCUGGCAUUGUGCCUGAGAGUGCUGCUCAUGGCCAGAAAGGGGCUGGGAGUCUGCAGAGGGUCACUUGCUUACUGGAUCCAGGUGUCUGGAGGAACAAUAAAGAUGGUGGAAAAGAA